UCGUGUAGUGCGGUCAUGUGGUGCGGAGCCAGCGUGCGCUCGCCUCCCAUCAUCUUCGCCCUCUGAGUGGUCUUCACAGUCCUCUCGAGCCACAGCCACAGCCACAGCCAAGACGAAGCCGUAUCCAAAUCCAAAUACAAGUCCAAAUCCGAUACGAACCAGCGGAACUGAAGGAUUCCAGCGCUUGGGACCCCAAUUUUUUGUUCUUGUUCUCCCACAUUUCAAUUGCAACAUUUAGCAAAUCAAAAAUAUGUAUAAAAAUUAAAAGCAAAGUGCUCAAGUGCCAAAAAAAAAAGAGGAAAAAAAAACCGGAACCCAUCCAGCUAAGCUGAAGAAAAUAAUAUAAUAAAUGUGCCUCCGCCAAAAUUAGAGGGAUAAAUAUUAUAUGUGCAAUUGUUCCAUUUUUUUUUUGAGAUUUUUUGUUCUUGUGCGGUUUGAACACGAGUGCGAACAGAACAACCAAAAAUAAAAAUAAAAAAGCCAAGCCAGCAAUAACAACAGCAUCAACAACAACAACAACAACAACAACAGCAUUCAACAACAACAACAACAACAGCUACAAUUACAACUACAACUACAACCCACAACAAGGAUGAAGGACUGCUGCAAAUGUGCGUGAAAUGUGACCAAAAAGCAGAUGCAACAACAGCAGCGACUACCAGCGGAUACGACAGCGGCAGCUACAGAUACUUGUAACUAAAGUGACAUGAGGCCUUAACAACAAUAACACCAAAGCAACUACAGCAGCAACUACAACAACUACAAAAAAACAAUAAUAGCAACAGCAACAGCAACAACAAGAACAACUAAAACAAGAAGAACAAAAGCUACAACAACAAGCCACCGUAGAGCACUAAAAACCAAAUUACAAACAAUUAAAAGCGAGCAUAGGCAAGGAUCCUCCAGAGAGCUUGACAACGGUACUGCAGCCACGCCCCCUGGAAAAACCCAAACCCAACCCAAACACAAGCAUAGGCACACGCAGACAGUGAAAAAGGACCCCAAAGACACACACACACACAAAGUCAGAGACACAAAAAGCCAGCUACAUGCCUCAAUGGCAGCUUCAUCGUUUAUGGCCAACUAAAACUGAGCAGCGGUCCCCGCCAAGGACCCCCGAAUUUCAGGGAUCCUGGCCACCAGUCCAUCAUCGCCGGGACCUUUGUCUUUGUCUCGCAUCACGAACAGAAACUGAAACAGAAACGAAUAUAACAGCUACAGCAACAGCAACAGCAUCACCAACAGCAACAGCAAUAGCAACGCCACCGAAGGCGGCAAUAAAAAGUUUGCUUUGUGUUUCGGUGUCGACAUUGCCUGAACUGAACCCCCAUUCUCAUUCUCCUACUGCCACGCCCCCUUAAAGCGGUGUCGCCCUCGUUGUCGUCCUUGUCGUCAUCGUCAGACGACGCCUGUGGGCACUCAAUUAAGCCCAAUUCAACGCAACUUGAAAGCGACAACGGCAACAAAAGCAGCUGCCAAAGUAACAAAAACAGCGAAAGGAGCGAAACAACAAUAGCUGGCGAGCAGCAGCAGCAGCAGAAGGAGAAACAUUAGAAGUAGUAACAAUAGUAGAAGAAAUACCAGCAUCGACAGCAACGUCUACAGCAACACGCAGCAACAAUUGCAGCUGCAGCUGCAGCAACAUCAAUAGUUGAAAGCAAAGCAGCAGCAAUACUUUAAUAAGCUACUACAUCUUGAAUGCAAACAGAAACAGCUGGAAGAAAGAACAAGAGCAGUAGAAGCAACAUCAAUAGGAAACCCAUCAGCAGCAACAGCAGCUAAAUAGGCAACAGCAAUAUCAGGAACCACGAGCAACACCACACUAGCUAGACCAAGGUCAAAAGUAAAAAAAAAGCGACAACAGCAGCAACAUAAACAACACCAGCACAAACUUAACAAACAGCAGCAAUUGAAGUGUAAAUAACAUCAGUAACAAAUGAAAAAGAAACAUUGGCAAUAAUUGCAGGAGCUACAUUAGUCAAGGCAAUACAAAAAUAUAGCAAUAACAAAAAAACAGCAGAAUAAGCUGCAACAACUGGAGAAACAGCAGCAACAUCUGCAACAGCUAUUAAAGCUGCUGCCACAACAGCAAUACAAGCGACAAAAACAGCAGUAGUGGCAGCAAAACAAGCUGCAACAUCAGCAGCAACAUCAUCAGUGGUAAAGUGAAGCAGCCACGCCCACGGAAACGCCUUCGCCAACUCACACGUACACAGACACAGAAACAGAAACAAAAACAGAGACAUAGACAUACAGAAACAGAAACAGAAACAAAAACCGAAAUAGAAACAGAAACAGAGAUAGGUGCAGGAGCAACAUCCGCACGGACAGGACCACGCCCUCGUAUCGCAGGCGUGGGCGGCGGGCGGGCUGGUUGGUUGCGUGAAUGUCAGGAUGAAACUGAGCGUGAGCGCGUAUCGGGCGCAUGCAUCCGCACACAAGAAGAUCCUCUCCAGCGGCUAUCACUCACAGCUCAACUACGGCAGCACUGGAGCGGCAGCGGCAUCCUCCUCGUCGUCGGGGGCCACUGCAACGGGCCUAUAUACGAUGGAACAGCACGAGAACGAGGCGGGCAAGUUUGUCAAGGAUGUGGCCCGUCAGGUGCACGACUGCAACAGCGACACGGACGUCAUCAGUCCCACGGGCACCAGUAGUUCCGGCGGAGGUGGCGGCGGUGCUGGCGGAGUUGGUGGUGCCGGCGGCGGAUCCGGCGGCCAGGGACCCGGGCCCAGCGACGGUGGCUAUCACAAGCGGCACCACAAGAUGGUCCGCGAUGACGACAACAACAGUGCGGCCCACUCCUCGGACAGCAAAAGUCCCAGCCAGCGGAAAUCGCGUAUCGGAGAUGGAGCUUCAGAUCCAGAUUCCGAUUGGACACGAUCGAACCAGCGCUGGAUGAAGCUGCGCACCACCGUGCAGAUCUCGUCGGCGAUACAGAAGAAACCACCGCUUAAGCGCGAAGACUCCUUCCUGAAGCGUUUCUCGACUAGACAGAUACCCGAAACACAGGAAACUGUUGAAGAUACGGGUUCAGAAAGUGCCUCUGGUGACGUCGACAAGAGUGUUAAACGACGGCGACGCUAUCUGCAGAAACGACGAUCCGUUGUUAAUCCAGAUGAAAAUUUUUACUUCUAUUGGUUAAUGAUGUUAACUGUAUGUGUUCUAUAUAAUCUAUGGACCCUAAUUGUGAGGCAGAGCUUUCCUGAACUGCAGCAAUCUGUGCCCACGUUUUGGCUCAUCUGCGAUUCGAUGACAGAUGUUGUAUUUAUCUUAGAUAUAAUAGUUCAAUUACGCACAGGCUAUCUGGAGCAGGGCCUAAUGGUAUACGACGACAGGAAGCUGGCCUGCCACUAUGUUCACUCGCGCGACUUCAUCUUCGACAUGAUUGCGCUGAUACCAUUGGAUUUGCUGCAGCUCAAGAUGGGCACACAUCCGCUCUUGCGUUUUACGCGCUUUUUAAAGUCAGUUUAUCGAUCUGUGAGAUUUUAUUACAUCGUAGAGAGUAGAACAGUUUGGCCAAAUUUAUGGCGCGUUGUUAACCUAAUUCAUAUCCUGUUAAUACUGGCACACUGGUUCGGUUGUUUCUAUUUUUUACUUUCCGAGGCGGAGGGUUUCAGGUAGGGCGAUUGGGUCUAUCCGUACCGACCCGGGGACUAUGCCACCCUGACGCGAAAGUAUCUGGGCAGCCUGUACUGGUCGACCCUGACACUGACGACCAUUGGGGACCUGCCCACGCCAGAGACGAAUGCAGAACCGAACUUUUCGGUGGACGGCCCUCGAUCAAUACCGAGGCGUGGCAUAAAAUCGCGCCUGCUUCAAUUCGGCUCUAGCUAUGGGUACUAUUUUACGAUCGUCAGCUAUUUGAUUGGCGUUUUUAUCUUCGCCACCAUUGUGGGCCAAGUGGGCAAUGUGAUAACGAACCGAAAUGCGAAUCGCCUGGAGUUCGAGCGCCUGCUGGAUGGGGCCAAGACGUAUAUGCGGCACCACAAGGUGCCCGGAGGGAUGAAGCGUCGCGUGCUGCGGUGGUACGACUACAGCUGGUCCCGCGGAAGGAUUCAGGGUGGCGGUGACAUUAAUACCGCACUGGGACUGCUGCCCGACAAGCUGAAAACCGAACUGGCCUUACACGUCAACCUCAGCGUGCUGAAGAAGGUGACCAUUUUCCAAGAGUGCCAGCCCGAGUUUCUGCACGAUCUCGUGCUCAAGAUGAAGGCCUACAUCUUCACCCCAGGCGACUCCAUCUGUCGCAAGGGCGAGGUGGCACGCGAGAUGUUCAUCAUCGCCGACGGCAUCCUGGAGGUCCUUAGCGAGACGGGCAAGGUCCUGACGACCAUGAAGGCCGGCGACUUCUUUGGCGAGAUCGGCAUCCUCAAUCUGGAUGGGCUGAACAAACGUACGGCGGAUGUGCGGUCCGUGGGCUAUUCGGAGCUGUUCUCGCUGUCCCGCGAGGAUGUCCUGGCCGCCAUGAAGGACUACCCGGACGCCCAGGAGAUUCUGCAGACCCUCGGCCGCAAGCGGCUCAUGGAGGUGCGCUGCGUGAACAAGAAGUACGCAAAGGCGCAGAGCGACAAGGAGGCGGCGGCCUAUGCGGCGGCCCAUCCGCACCACCACCAGGGUCACCAGGGCCAUCAAGGUCACCAGGGCCAUCAGGGGCACCAGGGGCACCACCAGGGCCAGGUGCACCAGAGCGACAGCAGCGAGAACAGUGCCUCCAAGAAGAUCGUGGACAAGCUGAAGCACGACGUCAAGGGCUUCCGGAAUGUCCUUAAAAAGUCCAGGACCUCGCGUAAAAGCGACGAGUCCCUGGAGAUGCAGCCGCUGCACAACACCUCGCCCCGCGGCAGCAAGAUCCUGCUGAAGCGCAUGUCGCGGGUGAGAUCGGACGAGAAGGACGCGGAUAGCGCCGAGGCCAAGGACGAGUUGCACGACAAGACGCCCAGCCCCAUUGGGGCGGGGCUGCCGCUGCUGCAGCGCCUGCGGCUGCUCAAGGAAAAGCAGGAAUCGAUCCAGGAGGAGCCCGAACGCGAGUUCAGCGAAGGCUUUCCCCUGAUCCAGCGACUGCAGCAAUUGAAAAUAAAGAACGAGCCGCAGGUCAACGCCGCCGAACCCGGCGUCGUCAUGGUCAACACGCCGCCCAAUAUCAGCAGCAAGAUAGACUCGCAUUUCGGGGCCGCCCAGGCAGGAGGAUCCAUACCGAUGCCAGGGGCCAAUGGUGGCCUCUCGGCGCCGGGACAAUCGCUGACGGUGGCCCAGAUCAAGCCCAUCAUGAAGGUGUCGUUCAAGCAGAAGAUCCAGCAAUUGCAGGGAGGAGUGAGCAGCUCGCCGUCGCCGAGUACGGGAGCCAUAGCCAAAAAGGAGCCACCCAAGUCCCUGGCCCUGGUGGCCAAGCAUGGAGCAGCCUCCGAUGAUGCAGUGGCCACAUCAGGACUGGGAUUGGGAUUGGGGCUGGGGCUGGGUGUGGGAGUGGGAAUGGGAGUGGGUGUGGGAAUGGCAGCUGGCGGCUCUGGCAUAGCCACCAUAUCGAAGCGGGUGAUCAAGCCCAGCCAGCGGAUGGCCACGCCCCUGCAAUCUGACACGGACACCGACGGGACGCCCAUCAAGCCGUGGUCCAAGCUGAAAUUGGCCACCCUGAUGUCUUCCAGCUACACCAGCCUGACCAACUGUUCGCCCGACGAACUGGCCUCGCCGCUGAAGAACUACUCGCUGAGCAACAUACCGCAGCAGAUGGAGUCGGCGCACCCACGACCACGUCACCACAGUGCCCGGAGCAGCGCGAGAUCACCGCGUCACGGCCAUGGCCAUGGCCAUGUGCAUGGACAUGGGCAUGGGCACCAUCACGGCGGACAUGGGCCCGGCCCAGGGCAGAGCUGCUCGAGUACCCUCUGCUCGUCGGCCAGUCUGGUGAAUCCGUUGGCCAGUACGGCGGCCAGCGCCAAGAGAGACUGCCUGCGGCUCCAGAAGCCGGAGCAGCACCUGCCCGACGGCGAACUCACAGAGCUGGGCGGCAACGGGCGGAGGAAGCUGUACCAGAGCGUGUUCGAUCUGUCGCCGGAAUACUGCGGCCUGCCGUUCGUCAAGCGUUUGAAGAUCCUCAACGAGCGCCAGAAGCUGGCCGAACUGGAGCGAGCCCUCCAGACGCGAAGUUUCAGCCUGGACUGCUCCAAAUCGGGGCCGGACAGCAAGGUGCCCAUCACGGAGUCACUGUAUCGCUGCUACAGCGAUACCUCCGGCAUCUAUUCGCAGUUCCUCAGUACGUACGAGUCGACCACCAGCUCCACCUCGAUAUCCACCAAUACGUCUGCAUCGGCAUCCGCAUCCGCUUCGGCAUCCGCAUCCGCAUCGGCAUCCGCAUCCGCAUCGGAUAGCAACUCCAGGCAACUGCAGUAUGUGCCACUGCCACUCAGUCCCGAAUCCAAUGAGACUGUGGAACGGCGCAAGCUGAAGAGUAUACUCAAGAAGCUGCAGCAGCAGGAGGAGAUGGUGGUGGUGUCGGCGCCGGGGUCGAAGGUCACCCCAAAGGGGCUGGGCCAGGGCCUGGCGGCGGAGCCCACCUUGGAAGGCCCGCCCGCCAGUGCCAAGGAGGAAUGUCCUUCUCCCUUCGGCGGCGCUGCGGCGAUCGGAAUGAUAUCGUUGAAUAAUAAUGGUAGCGGUACGGGUACGGUUACGGUUACGGGUAAUGCUAACGGUAAUGCUAACGGUAAUGGUAACGGUAACGGUAACGGUAAUGGUAACGGUAACGGUAAUGAUCCGGUUAAUAAAGCUAGUUCGAGUGCGCGUGUAACGAGCAACAAGAGUAGUGCGCAUGCGAGUUCACCAUCGGUAUCGGUGGCAUUUCCGUUUCCGGUUGCGCCGGGGCCACACGCACACGCACAGCCACUUCCGCAUCCGCAUCCGCUUCCGCUGGCAACCGAAGCGAAUGUCUGGUCGCCGACGUUGACGUUGGUAACGCCCACGAAUUCGCCGCAGGAGAGCUACGCGUUUCCCGCUCAACUAAGGGAUCCGGGCGAUUUGGGAAUGGGCGGACUCGUUGGUGGCGUUGGCACCGUCUCAGCGUCGUCGUCUUUGCCAGUCGAAUCAGUUGGAACAGUUGGAUCAGCUGCAUCCGCAUCCGCAUCUGCAUCUGCAUCCGCAUCCGCCUCGUAUGUCGUGGAGUGCUCCUCGUCGUCGAAUCAGAUCCUCCAUGCCCAGUCAACAACUGAUUUGAAUUUGAAUUUGCAGCUCAGGCAGAACACGACCACCAGUGCGAUGGGCGGACCGGGCUCAGGGCCCCGGCUCGAAGGCUUCCCGGAGGCACAGGACUACUUCAAUCAGAUCCUCAGCGGCAUCAACCACGUGAUCAAGACGCACAUGAACGAGAUGCACUCCAAGUUCGAGACGCAGUUCUCCAGCAUGGCGGGCGAGGUGAGGCGCCGCGAUGCCAUCAUUGCCCAGCUGCAGCUCAAGCUGCGCUCCAUCGAGGGCAAGGCCACCACGGCUCCGGUGGCUUCCGGAUCGGCAUCCUCCACUUCCGGCACCCUGGUGCUGCCACUCAGCCGGCGCCAGAAGCGCGAGAAGAUGUCCCAGCUGUCGGUGGACGAUGAUGAGCCGCCCGAGGAGGAGGACAACAGCAGUUCGGGAUCGUCGGCGGAGCUUCUGUUCAUGCGCGGUGAUUCCCUGGACACGGUGUUCACCUCAUCGCCGCCCAUCCAGGGCGGCAGGCGCAGCAUAUCGCCGGGUCCGAGUCGGCACCAUGCGGCCUCGGCGAACGCCCUCAACUGCCCCAGCAGCUACUACGGAGGACCCGGAGGCUCCUUCUCCCUGAGCUCCCGGCACGCCCAGAGCCAUCCCAGCUUCUACUCCGGCCAGGGCAACGGACGCAGUGGCCGCAGUGGCCAAAGUGGCCGCAGCAGUGGCUACGGCUACCAUCGCGAGUGGAGCGGCGGGGCGGACAGCAUGGGCAGCCUGGGCAUGGGCAUGGUGGCCGAUGUCACGGGCAAUCUGGCCCGCCUCUCGGACAGCGUCAUCCUGGACAUCGGCGAGAGCUCCAGUUCGAGCUCCUCCUCCAGCAAGAUCAAUAUGGCCGAGGUGGAUGACGACGACGACGACGAGGGGGAGGAGGAGGGUCCGGCGGCACUGCAUCCCCGAGAGGAUGAGGAUAUGGAUGAAAGCGGUGGUGGCGGUAGUGGUGGUGGAACGGCAAGCCACAACGACUGGGAGGUGCAGAUGCUGGCCGCCGAAAUGGAGCGGCAGGAGCGGCGCAAGCGGGGUCACUCCCUGUCCGACAAUCUGGGCGAGCUGAAGCACUGCAGCACGUUCCUGCGACGUCGCCGGAAGUUCAGCGACACGGAAACGGAGUUCAGUGAGACGGACAUGGAGCACGAGCAGCAGCUGCAGGGCAGCUCCAUAGAUCCGGCUGGAUUGGGAGCCUCCGCCUCGGGAGGAGGCUCCACCUCGGCGGGACACCAGAGCGGCAGCCAGCGGCCGCGGGCCUCCAGCUUGGACCAGUUCAACCUGCGCUACGGCAUCGGACGCGGCAUCUUUAAAGCAAUGAGCAUCGACCGUGAUAAAGACAAGCUUUGAGAACUAUAAUCACGACCAAAUCCAACCCGAUCCCGAUCCCGAUCCCGAUCACGAUCCCCAAGCCAACCAGAAGCAAGUUCAACCGCAGUCAACCAAUAAGCAAUGGAAUUCGGACAGUAUUACCAUGGUACAAGAACUAGGUAUAUAUAUAUAUAUAUUAUAUACAAAACUAAGGAGAUGUGAGGACAUAUAGAUCUAUAUUCUAUAUAUGUUUAGCCCUAACGAACCCCCCAAGCAAAAAAAAAUCGUUAUAUACAGAUAUACACAUAUAAAGUAAAACCCGAAUGAGAUAUAUAUAUAUAUAUAUAUAUAUA